AUGUCUACAAUUGCCGCGGUAGUGCACUCGGGUGGCCAGCAAGUACCCGUAAGAGUACUGCUUGACUCGGCGGCUGAGACGUCGCUCGUUACAGAAGAGGCGGUACGGCGGACAGGAGUGAAGUGUUGUGCCGCCGACACGUUGACCCUUACUGGAAUCACAGAGGGUCUGCGUCGCGCCGACAGGCUGGCCCAGUUUACUUUGGCGGCCGCAGACGGGUCCUUCAGCAUUGACAUGGCGGCCUACGUAGCUCCAAAGAUAACGUCAGCCAAAGUGAUGACGCCAGCCAGUCAUCUCAUCAGCGCGGCAAGGGCGAAGGGCAUCAACCUCGCGAGACCAGCUCAAGGACGGCAGACGGUGGACAUUCUCAUUGGCCAGGACUGGCUGUUCCCAUUCCUAGCCCCGGAGAUCGUGCCCCUAGGUCCGUUCAUCGGCGCCCUUCGAACGCGCCUGGGCUGGUACGUCGCCGGGCGGGAAGGCGCAGCUGACGCUCGAGAAACAGUCUCCGUGUUGGAGUGCCAAAAGCUGUGCCAGGACCUGGCGAAGAUCUACGAGUACGUCGAGCCGCAGGAGAUGACGGCCAAGCAGUCUAUCGGCACGCCAGUAGAGAUCCUCUACGAUGAGAAGCAGGCCGUGUACACGGUCGGCCUGCCUAAGAGGGCAACAGACAAGCUGGCGGACAAUUUCCGCAACGCCUGGGCGCAGGUCAUGGCUCUCCGUAGGAAACUGAAAGCGACAGGGCAGUACGACGCCUACGACGAAGUCAUCAAGGAGUACAUCACAAAGGGCUACGCCGAAGUGGCCCCAAAAGGGUACCCGAGCAGCGGCACCUACACGAUCCCACAUCACGCCGUGUGGAGAAAGGAAGCGACAAAGACUAAGUGUCGCGUCGUCUUUAAUGCCAGCUCGACGGUGCCAGGGCAACUGUCACUCAACCAGUGCCUGGAGAAGGGAGAACCGAUAAACGCCGACAUCUGGGCGGUCACAAUGCGCUUCCGGCUAGCGCCGAUUGUCUUGGUGACCGACCUGGUGAAGGCGUUCUCUCAGAUCCAGAUCAAAGAAGAGGAUCGCGACUUGCUGCGCUACUUGUGGUUUGACGGACCCGACGACGCAUCUCCAACAGUCUANGCUAGCGCCGAUUGUCUUGGUGACCGACCUGGUGAAGGCGUUCUCUCAGAUCCAGAUCAAAGAAGAGGAUCGCGACUUGCUGCGCUACUUGUGGUUUGA